AUGCCCUCAGGAUACGCUCGAAGGCGGCGUGCGAAGGAAAUAUCCUGGCACCAAACAAUCGACACCUACAAUCCUUCCGUCGUUGGCGACUUGGACUUGGACCUGGAUCUUGCAUCUCUCGAGGGAGCCGACGACUGGCGCGCCCGCGGCUUGGUCACCAAGAUAAGGAGUCUGCAUGAGCAACUCAAAACAUUGCAAUCGGAGCGGGAUACGCUACAGCUUGCUUUUGAGGCUGAGUGCGGCGAGGCUCUACGGCUAGCGGUAGAGUCGCUACAGCACUUGGUCGAGGGCGUGGCGCGUGCCGAUAAGUCCAUCCUGUUCUGGCACACUGCCGGUGGCACACCGCUACGGCUGGCACUCAAAGUACUCAAGCCAAUCGGCAUGGACCGCGACGCCGGGACUAUCAUGGCGAGGAAAGGUGUCGCGAUCAGGAGCCAGGCGGACCACGUCAGCGAGAUCUUUGAGCGAUGUGGCUCCCUGUGUCAGGCCUCGCUUGUCGACGUUCAAGACCUACACCUCCGCACAAACAACUUCGUACAGACAGACAUCGGCGGCGCCCAGAACGACGCCCAGGACCUCGCCCAGUCCUACGAACGUGCCAAGCAGAACCUUCAGCUCGACAUCAACAAGAAGGAGCUCGACGUUGCCACGGUCCAAAUCGAGGCCACCAGGACGAGCGACAUGGUAGCCAACCUCGAGGAGCAGCAUGAUAAAGCGACGCGAGCUGCGAACAGCAGCCGGGCUUUGGGUGCCGCGGGUAUAGGCGGCGGCCUCUUGCUGGGUGCCAUGUGUGUGUUCUUCCCCCCAGCUGGCGCAGUGGCGGCCGGUAUUGGGGCCUUCACAGCUGGAGCAGUAGGUGUCUCGUCGACGGUCGUCUCCGGUGAGCACAGCGCAGAAGCUCGCCGACUGCAGUCCGAACAGUCGAGCUAUGAGAUUCAGUUAAGCGGUCUGCAGGUGGAAAUUCGGGGCCUGCAGCGUGAGGUGAGAACCCUGGAGAGCUCCAAGGUCGGAUACGACGAAGCUGUGCGCUCCAUAGGCGUGCUCGAGGCUCGCUGCGAGAACCUGAGGAGCCAGACAAACCAGUUCCUACAUGAACUGAACGGUGCCCGUGUUGUCCUGGCGAGGGGAGUCGCCAAGACUGCUGGCAUUGCCGCAGCCCUCAACCGAUGCGAGUACGCCCGAACAAGACGCGACUUUGUCAGCAGAGUUGAGGGUAUCCUAGACGACUUGCGCAGCGGCAACAGGAUCACAGCACCUCAACCAAAGCUUCUCGUGGUGUCGGACCGGCUGGAAGUUCUGGGCAAGAAGACUGAUCGUGUCAUGGCUAUCAUGACGAGGAGUUUUUCCUCGUCCUAA